AUGGAAUAAGCAACUCUCUUAAAAGUACUUUAAAAAAUAAAUCGGAAAAAAGUAAUUAAAAUACUAUUUAAAAAAUUUAAUCAAUUUAAUCAAUAUAAUAGUAAUCAAUUGAAUAAAUUGAGUAAUAAUAAUAAUAAUAAUAAUAAUAAUAAUAAUAAUAAUAAUAAUAAUAAUAAUAAUCAUAAUAAUCAUAAUAAUAAUAAUCAUAAUCAUAAUAAUAAUAAUCAUAAUAAUCAUAAUUAUAAGAUUAAUUACAAUUAUAAUCAUAAAAAUAAAUAUAAUAAUUAUCCUAAUAAUAAUUAUAAUAAUAAUCUUAAUAAUAAUCAUAAUAAUAAUAUAAAAACGAAUAAUCUUAAAAUUAUUAAUUUUCAUAAUAACCAUUAUAAAAAACUCUUUAAUAUUAAUAAUAAUAAUAAUAAUAAUAAUAAUAAUAAUAAUAAUAAUAAUAAUAAUAAUAAAAAUUAAUAAUAUAAUCAUAAUUAGUCUUAAAAUUAAGAUUAAAUAUUAAAAUUUAAAAAAUGA